UACAAACGCUACGGACUGGCAGUCUGACGGAGCUCAAGCAUGGGACAGGUGACAGCAUAACGGAAUCACCAGUCAGCGCAGUUGGCAUGCGGUCCAAUAUGAUAGCACGGCUCUCUACACCGAUCAGUAGGACGUUGACACUUCUGUCGAUGGCGUUCACCAAACAUCAUCGUUCGCAAAAACAGGGACAAGCGGCAGGUGAGGGCGAACCACUGCUACAGCCAGUCGAAGAAUUUCCACAGGAAGAACCGCUUCAGGAAUAUGUACGACAAACGAGGGAAGAAACUGGUGAGAAUGUACGGUUGGGGCUCACACGCAGUUUGGAUGUUCUUGAACGCAGGGAUCAUAAGAGAGAGCGAGUACUGCUUGAAGCUGAAGAAGGAACGUCAAGUCAACUGGCAAGGGGAGGCGACGUUGGGACGUCCUAUCCGGAAGUCACAGAAGAUUCAGAAGAAGGCGAGGAGGAAGAGGUGGACAUGGAUUACACGAUCGAGUGCCCAUUGUUUAGAAUUCCAGAAAUUAAAUGCUUCUGGUUAGGCAGCCUCAGACACUUGAAGGAACAUGUUACAGGAAUCCACGCCGAUAUUCAGAAGACAAGUCCUUGGAUCUGCUGUACGUCUCUGACAAACAGCGUUUUAAUAAUAUGCUGCUACGAUGAUAUAUUUCUGUAUUACAAACAAUUUACAGACACUGGUACCAUGUAUGCAGUUGUACAGCAGGUCGGUAUUACAAACUGGAAUUACACAUACACAAUCCAGCUUUUCUCGCACGAAAGGGAAAGCGAUAAUAUUACAUUUAGCUUUCGUAUGACAAAGAUGCGUGAGCAUCUUGAAGACGUUUUGGGUGAUUACGAGUGCACGGUGAUUGAUAAGCAUCAUUUGAAACCUUUUAUAGAGAAUGGCGAGUUAGCUAUGUCGGUGAACAUAAGACCUGUUCAUAAACAUAAAAGGACAGAUGUGACUGAGACACAUGACAAGAAAAGAUACACUUCCAGGACUACUCCUCAGAGGUACAAACGUGAGCUUGGUGAGGAAACAGUUAAAUGCCCUUUGUUUAAAAUUCCACACAUUAAAUGCUCCUGGUCAGGUGCGCCCAAUAUUUUAGUGUUGCAUUUAGAAGCCGAGCAUCGUAAAAUUGUCAUACGAGGUCCUGAUUUCGAUUGCAGGCUUAUUGUAAACAAAGCGUUAUUAAUUUCUUUUAAUGAUGAAAUAUUUCUAUAUUACAAAUACAUUUCCUCGACUAUUAUGUACGCAAUUAUACAGCAAGUUGGUAUGAAGAACGAGAAAUAUACGUACAUAAUCGAACUUCACUCACAAGACGAAACAGUGGAAGACAUUACUUUUAACUUGAAUGUAAAUCCGAUCUGUGAGCCGUUUGAAGCCCUUUUCGAUGCGCGUGAAUGUGUGGCUGUGGCCGUUGAGUUUUUGGAACAGUUCAUAGUAAAUAACGAAUUAAAUAUGAAAGUAAAAAUACGAAGUGUUCGCACACAGGAGAGGAUGUUUGUUGUCGCGGCUGGAGAAACCAAAGAUGACGUUGCCAGCUCUCCUCUUGAGAAAGACGAUCAAGGAACGGGAAUACGUACUGGGAAAAUGAGAUGCCCCUUAUUCCAAAUUGAAGAAAUCAAAUGCCCUUGGUUAGGUAAUCUGGAAAACUUAGAGCAACACAUGGCAAACGCGCAUAAAAAUUUUGUUGCGUGUCGCCCUUACUUCGCCUCCUUUAAUCCUACGAACGCUCAAGUCAUAGUUUUCUUCAAUGAUGAAAUAUUUCUAUAUCACAAGUAUGUUUCAGACACUCGCAUCCUGUACGCAGCGGUACAGCAAGUUGGUAUUACAGGUAGGAGAUACCAGUACACAACCUACUUUUAUAUACCGGGUGAAACGACCGCCAAAGUUACACUUAACUUUCAUACGAAUAAGAUUACUGAAAGUUUUGAAGAAAUUUUCAAAGCUCGAAGAUGCCUGGCGGUUCACAUUGAGUUUCUGGCACCUUUCAUACAAAGUAACAUAUUAUUCAUGAAAGUGAAAAUAACAGAAGUUCCUCCCAGUACACAGCGUAACCAAUGAAAAUGAGGACUAUGACCAAUUGCCCUGCAUUUAUACGUCAAGAGCGGUUUUAGUACUCCACGUAAGGAGGAAAGGGGUUAGGAUGCGCAUGCACUUCUCUGCGCCGAACACACUUGCACAGUCGAACUCCCACAAAAACUCCCUAAAUAAUUACAGAGCGGUAGCUCCUUGAGCGUCUUUCCUAUACAAGUUCCUUGGACAGAAUUAAAGAAUGUUUUUGUUCCCUGUCGCCAUAAUUAUUUUCUCUAGAAAACGCUAUAAGCAUUUUAAAAAAAGUAAUUAUAAUAACUGAUUACUACGCCCUCAUAUAACAGAGGAGAGACAUCAUAAAACCUAGAUCCCAUAUUUCAUCAUAGUAAUUGAUUAAACGAAUUGUAAUUUUAACAUUUUACAGCCCGAUUUCAAAACGUCGAGGCAAUUCCUGUGCCCUACACAAAUAAAGAAAUUGAUUUAUCAAGUUAUGGAUCAACCAAUUUGUUUGCUACUGACGUCAAACCUGGCACAAGAAUUUGUGAGAGGUGACGCACAUAUCCCUGGGGACAUACGCGUACCCAGUACAUUGCAAGACGUCUUUCCCAGCGAUGGCAUUCGUUUGAACAAACACUGGCUUCAGCACGGACAGAGCAACUGCGUGCGUUCGUGCGAUGUGCAAUUUCUUUGUAAGAGGUCUCUAGCAGCACUGUAAUGUGUGUUUUAAUUUCAAAAUUACAAUCACUUUUAAAUUAAAGAGAACAAGAAUUUGAUUAGUUUGACAAACGUAUAUAUUCCUGAACUCGAGAACAGAGACGAUUUUAUGUUAAUUCAUACAUAACACCGGCGACAGAAAUGGAGACAAGUUCUUUCGCUAGUUUUAGUGUCCUUUGAUUGACACGUUUGUGACUUGACUGUGGCCUAUCAACUACUGUUACAUUUGCAAACAUCUUAAUAGUAAUGUUUCUAUAUAUGCUGGGUUUUUAAAGAACUUACUAAAGGUAUUUUAGUUGAAUAAUGGUAAUCGGUUUUAAAAAUAAAAUGUAACAGUUGAUUUAGUUUAGGCAUCUGUGAUCUUACCCAUAAAACAUAGAAAAAAAUUGUAUUAAAUCAUUUGACAUUCAGCAUAAUGAAGAAAUAUAUCAAAUCAUUUUAUCAAGAACGGAAUAUGUAAAUUUUAAUUUCGGCCUGUUGGGUCAUGAACCUUUAUUUUCAUGAAUCAAAUACUGAAAGACUAAUAUCUAAUGUUAUUCCUGCAUUUCGAAUAAAGUAAUUGAUAUGAUAUGUGGUAUGAUUAUAUGUACCAGGGGGCCCAAAUAGAAACUUAUUCUUGUGGAAUUCUCUGACUCAAAUUCUCCAAUAAAUGUUGAGUGUUUA